AUGCCCGGUCCUGACCCAGGGCUGAUUGCGCAUACAGGCAAGGCGACGACGGCUGCGGCCGCGGCGUCGGCAGCGGCCACGCGGCAGCAGGAGGAUGCGCAGGAGUUCCUGGGCUUCCUGCUGGACUCGGCCCAUGAGGAGCUGCUGCGAUUGCGCCUUCUCCACGCCGCCUCCCUCGGCAAUCCCGCAGAGGGGUCGGAGGCUGGCGGAGAUGAUGAGGAGUGGCUGAUGGCGGGGCGCUCCAAGAAGAAGAAAGCCGGCGGCACGACGCUGGCGAGCGCGGUGUUUGGGGGCGCGCUGCGCAGCGAAGUGAAGGCAGCGGGGGCGCCGGCCAGCGCGACGCUGGAGCCUUGCUUUGUGGUGCAUCUGGACAUCCAACCGGACGCCGUGCGCUCCGUCUCAGACGCGCUCCACGCCUUCACCUCCCCCGAGACCAUCUCCGGGUACAAGGUGCGGGACAACUCGGAGGGCGUGACUGCGCGCAAGGUGGUGCAGCUGUACGCGCUGCCUCGCAUCCUGGUGCUGCACCUGAAGCGCUUCUCCUACGGCCUCACCGGCACUGGCAAGAUCCACAAGACCGUCCACUACGGCGACCGCCUGCGGGUGCAGCCGUCGUGGAUGGCGGAGGGCUGCCCGGACGCGCGGCACCGUGGUGGCGCAGACUACGACUUGAUCGCAGUCGUGCACCACCACGGCCGCACGCCAGCCGCCGGCCACUACACCGCCGAUGUGCGCCAGCCGGACGGCAAGUGGCUGCGCUUCGACGACGCUGAUCUCAUGUCGGUACCGCUCGCGCGCGUCGUGGACGACAACAAGGCCUACCUGCUCUUCUACCAGCUCCGCGAGUGA